AUGGUUUUCAGAUCCCCUUUAGAGCUUUAUCCCUCCCAUUUCUUCCUGCCAAACUUCGCUGAUCGCCCUCUGCUCCUGGCGAACAGCGCUCCCACCACCAGGUCUCCAGAAGACUUGUCCAUGUUUCAGCUACCGACACUCAACUUCUCCCCGGAGCAGGUGGCGAGCGUCUGCGAGACGCUGGAGGAGACCGGGGACAUCGAACGGCUGGGCCGCUUCCUGUGGUCGCUGCCCGUGGCUCCCGGAGCAUGCGAGGCGAUCAACAAGCACGAGUCCAUCCUGCGCGCCCGCGCGGUGGUGGCGUUCCACACGGGGAAUUUCAGAGACCUCUACCACAUCCUGGAGAACCACAAGUUCACCAAGGACUCGCACGGCAAACUGCAGGCCAUGUGGCUGGAAGCGCACUACCAGGAGGCCGAAAAGCUCCGCGGCCGUCCCCUCGGACCGGUCGAUAAGUACCGGGUGCGGAAGAAGUUUCCGCUGCCUCGGACCAUCUGGGACGGCGAGCAGAAGACGCACUGUUUCAAAGAGCGGACGCGGAGCCUGCUGAGGGAGUGGUACCUUCAGGACCCGUAUCCGAACCCCAGCAAGAAAAGGGAACUGGCUCAAGCCACUGGACUCACUCCCACACAGGUCGGAAACUGGUUUAAAAACCGGAGGCAACGAGACAGAGCCGCGGCGGCCAAAAACAGGCUCCAGCACCAAGCAAUAGGACCGACCGGCAUGAGGUCCCUCUCAGAGGCCGGCCUCACCCCGCACAGCUCGGCGGAGUCGCCCUCGACGGCGGCCAGUCCCACCACCAGCGUUUCCAGUAUGACAGAGAGAGUUGAUACUGGGACGUCCAUCCUGUCCGUCACAUCCAGUGACUCGGAGUGCGAUGUAUGAUACGGAGAAAAAAACACACAAAAACAAACAAAAAGAGAAAUAUUUACAGGGAAAAUGGACCUGAGAGGAAGAAAAAAGACUUAUGAAAUAUCGCGGAUGAAAAAAGGACCGAUUGAUAUAAAUAUUAAAAUAAAAAAGAGAUAAAAGCACGUCGUUUUUUAUUAAAAAGCGCUUUCAAAGGACCCACGCCUCCCCCUCCUCUUCAUACCCCCACACCACCACCAGCCCCACUACUUCUACUAGACUACUUGCAUGAUGUUUUUUUUUUUUUUAAUUUUGUAAUCAGGGAAAAUAACCUGAAUGCAAGAUUUUCCAUCAGGAACAUCGAUCAGAGGGAAUAAAAACAGAUCGUCUUGGUGUCUUCGUCGCUUUUUCCCCCCAUCUCCGUUUUUAGUGAUGAUGAUGAUGACGGUGAAGCAGCCGCCACGCAGACACGAUGCAAUCCUGUUUUUACUUUGUGUUCAUCAGACAAUCAUUUUAAGUCGUAAGCACCUUUUUAAUACACUUCUGUCUGUCACUGCCUGUGUGGGGUACAUGGUCAAAAAAAAUGUCGAACGGAAUCGUUUAUGACUGUAUCAGAUUUUUAUUUUUAUUUUCAAAAUUUUAUAUUGAAUUAUGUAUAUCUCAAAUAAUGCGAUCAUUCUCCUGGUCUGUAAUAUACGUGUAGAAAUAUGCUUGUACAUAAUUAUGGCUCUCCCUCGUCUCAUCCUCUUUUCUAUCCCUUCCUCACUUUUCUUGACUUGGUGUUCCUACAUAAAAUAUUUGUCAAAACUUACACCUGAAGUGCUCUAGGCGUUUUUGUUGCUUUUGGUUUUUUUGGGAGGGGGUUGAUCAGUCACAUAUGCUGCCAGUGCUAAUCUUCCCUUUAUUUCAGUCUGCAGGCUCCUUCCCCUCUCCUCCGCUGCCCCGGGCUCGCUCUAAGCGCGCGUCCACUGCUCUGUGUUUGUUUCUCGCGUGGUUACGUGCCAUAUAUUUCCCAGUCAAAUGCAGCCUCUCGCCCAUUGCAUGGCGUUUGUUUCUCCAUGCGAUUGCAUAAGGACACUGAUGAGUGGCUGAGCACAUGUUCGCGUUGGGUCAUUAUUGGAAUGUGGACGCAUUAACGGUCAUCAUGGCGCAUGGUGCACGGGCCAGGUUAUGUAGUCAUGUCAAAGGGCCAAACUCAACCGAAAUUACUUUGGCUUUCGGGAUGAAGUUAACUCCGGUUUUAAUGGUGUAAUUUAUCGAGGCUAUUACAUAGAUGAGGUCAAAAUUAUCUUGUGAGGAUGUUAUAUAUUGUUUUAUUUUUUCUGCGCUUAGACUUAACGCCUGUCUUAUUUUUCGCCACUCCACCUUGUUCAAACUCAUUCGAUGGAGGUAGAGCCGCUCUAUAUGACUGCCUGCGUUUGCUGCACGCUUUCUGGCAAACGUCAACGUCAUGCAGCACUUAAAAAUGUAAGUGCUAUUUCCCCCUUUGUUUACCGUUGCUAGUGAAUACAGAAAUUAAGUAAACGCGCCAUUAAAUGGGUUAAUCACGAUGGGACUCCUCCCCUGUCCCAAUCUCCCAUUGUGGUCCGCUGAAAAGAGCUUUUCUUCCUCGGACGAGAACCAUUUCCCCCUCCAAAAACGCUUUCUCUCCUGCAGUCCCUUUCCAUCUAAAUCCCCAGCCAAUUAUGCUGCAGACUGGGGCAGAUUUGCUGUGGGACACUGUUGCAGGAACUAUAGUUUUGCUGGAAACACUUGCGCGAAGAUUUCUGCUUCCAGCAAAAGCGUCGAGGAUCUCCCCUCAUAAGAACGACGCUUUGCAGCGGAGGGAAAUCCGCAGAAAGGCUCGAGUCCCUGAGUGCUGCAGUCAUGCCUGCGACAGCAGAAAGUAGGACAGAGGCUGCUCUUUGGCUUAGGGAGACCAGCAGCGCUUUCACAAAGAGGAGACGUGCACAAAAAAACACCACGGCAGCAAUCUGAAACUGCACUUCUGGGUUUGACUUUGGAUGUUUUUUGGACAAUUAAAAAAUGAAACUGUAACGUCACAACGAAACCAACACAGAUUCUUUAGUCCUGAAUUGUCAGAGGUUUGGACAUAUUUUCAGGACUUUUAACAGCUCAGUGCAAAUGCUAAAAACGCGUGCGUGGAAACGCACAGACGAAGCGAUGGCAGUGAUUCAAACUCAGCCCAGACCUCCAAAUCCCACACAAGCUGCCCCUUAUUAAACCACUUCUAUUUACCAAUCUACAGAGUGAACUGUAACAACAAAAGUCACGAAGGGCACAACUUACAUCUGAUCAAGAUCUGUGUUUUACUGUUGCUAAAUGGAAUUGUCUUCGUUCAAUCUGAGUUUUUGUUUUGACAAAAGUUGAAAGAGUUAUAAGUAGUAAACUUAGACAUUUUAGAUCUGA